ACGUUACCCUGUAAUAGUAUUUUGAAUUGAACGGCCUGAUGUUGCUAGGUAACGAAACGCAAAACAGGUGCGCUGUUACUCAGGGUCUCAAACAGACUGUUAGCUAGCUUAGCUUAAAAGUAGUUUAAAGUUUUCCCUGUAGAGAGGACGACAAAUACAAAUGACUCGGUUGUUGCUACGUGUGAAUUAAAGUUGAACAUGACGGACGGAAAUACCUCUUACCAAUUGAAAUAUAACGUUACAGAUACAUUUCCAAACAUACCGAGGGCUGGGAAACUUAUACCUGAAGGAGACAGGACUAAAUCCUGCUUACAAGAAGCGACAAGGCCCCCCACUCCACCUGUCGUGAGAAAAUUCCGCAACAGUACCCAACCAGAACCAGGAGCUAUCAGAGUGCACAGAGGGAAGGCAAGUGAUCCAGAUGUUGCCACAACCCUUGUUCAUGGAAUCAGCACCAAAUCUUCCCUGACUGGCAGAGACUUACUAAAUCCUCCUCAAAAGACCUUGUUCCAGCAGAAGUUACAAGAGCUCAAUGAAGCAGUGUACACCUCCAGUAAAAAGGCACAGGUGGGCAGGUCACAUCAUCAGCAUGUUGGACUUCCCACCUGCAAUACCGACCAAACUCUGCAUGGUGUAAAAACAGUAAGAGGGUUAGAUGUGCGUGAGAUUAUUAACCCUUCAAAAACAGCAGCGGAUGUGGAGAGGGAAGCUCAGGAGGGACACGAGUCUUACAUUCGUAGCCACAACGCUUAUUUUGUUGGUGAGAGGAUUGAUAGGAAGUACGACUGGAGUCACUACAGUAAAGACAGCAGGUUUGGGAUCCUCACGCCUCAUUUCAACGACGGAUGUAAUCUUGGCAAAACUCUCCACUGGCUGGGGGAGACACGGAAGUUUUACAAUCCAAAGCCUGUUUGGAAGAGAUCUGAGAACACGGAAAAGAUGGCGCCACAAAUUGGAAAAAAGAACAAUGUAAGAGGAAAUGCCUUGAAUCUUCCACCAGAUCACACCUUUGGAAAUCUCUUGCCGUCGGAUGAAUUUGGUGUUGGAGCUAUAAUCCACUCCACAGAGCCAGGUCAGUACGUGAGAGGCCGAGAAACACAGCGCAGCCUGGUCAACGCAGUGCAGCACCACCUGAAGAAGGUCAAUUUCCACAACUUCCCGUCCCUGCUGCAGGCGUUCAGACAUUAUGACAAGGCAGGCAAGGGAUUGAUUGACAAAGAGGACCUGCAGGCCGUGUGCCGUCAGUUCCAGCUGGAUGUGAGCAAACCGGUUCUGGAUGACCUGAUGGACUACUGUGACACAGACAAGGACGGACUAAUCAACUUCCUGGAGUUCUCCAACUUCCUCAACUGGAAAGACAAGAUGCCUAUCAACAGUCGUGAUCAGUGCAUUAUGACGAAUGAGUGUCAGACCAGCACCCCUCCAGCCAACAUAGAGACGGAGCCUUUGUCAGAAUCUGCACAGCUUCCUGCCUCUCAGGCCUUAAUUAAGCCAGAGGACCUGGAGCCCAUUAAGCCCGGCAGCUCACUGAAGACCGUCAGGACCCUGAGGCGACCCAGGGAGGCCCCAGACCACUUCAUGACCUCCUCCACCCUCAUUGGGUCUGUCAGGGAUCAGGCCUCAUCAAACAGCCGCACCUAUGGGGUCCCGUCUGUGCGCUCCGACCUUCCAGCUCCACGCAUAAAGAGAGUCAGCGACAUGAACAACUAUGGUGAUACAUCGACUGCCGCAGAUCUUCUGUAUCCAUCAGUUCAUGUCCUUCGGGGUGUUCAUGAGGAGCACUUCUUCUGUCCUCGCACCAGGAAGGAGAUUGCAGAGAUCUUCAAGAAUGUGGGCGUUAAUGUUUCUGAGGAGACGUUCGACGAGGCCUGGAAGCUGGCGUCCAUGAAGCAUCCGGCCGGGGAGGUUUGUGUCGAGGUGUUCCGUAACGUACUCAAGGAAAUAAAAGCAAUGUAAUACUCCAGAGGUUUUUACCAGCACAGUGUUUCCUCAUCACAACAACUUGUUUGAUGCAGUAUUCAAAGUAGGCAUUAAUGCAUCAUGGAGCAACUUUUCUACCAAUAAAUAAACUUUAAUUCAGGUGUAUGGGUGGGUUUUCAUCUUGAAUACAAACCAACCUUCUUCUGAUACUGAUACGGUUCAUAUCUUCUGCCUCAGGAGGGGGCCCAGCAGCAUGUAGGGAAAUGACAAAAACACACAUAUUGGUGGAACAAAGCAGAAUGUGUGUAUCAUUAAUAUUCAUUGUGAUUGAAUCAAGGUUGAGUCUUAGUUUUUGAAAUCACAGAUUGUGUUAAAGUAAUCUCAGUCUUGACUUGUUUUGAUUUAUUAAGCUAUCUUUUGUUCUGGCCUGAAUAUUUACACCAGUUUCCAAAUAACAAAUAAAAAAACUAUGAACACACAUGACACUGAAUAGAAUACAACGUAAUAAAUAAGCAAAUGGACUAAAGCUAAUCAAAAAUACUUAGCCCUUAGAGGGCAGUUAAAGGGCUUUUUUGAAUUUUGGUUUAAUUGUAUCUCCCUGCACAAGGAACAAUAUACACAAAGCGACGAGGCCUCUGUGUUGCUGUCCAACUAUUCAUAAGUCACCAGACAAAUAUUUAAUACCGCAACAAAUUCAGACGUAAACAUGUCAGCAAACAAAAUAAAUGUUUUCCCUAUUAUAUGUAUUUUUUAUUGAGAAUCAAU